AUGAAGCACAAGAAGGGAACAAAUCUUGAUGAAGAUCAGUCACAAAGAAAAUUAAGGAAAAUACAGUCUCUGGACAGUUCAUUAGCUGAAAGAAAGCCAGUUCCUACAGAAAGUUCUGUGAAUGCUGUAGCUGUUAAUUCCAUGAAGGUUAAACAAAGAGCACACCUACCUUCACAAACAGAUUCACCUGUUGAAAACAGAAAACUGGGACAGAAAUCCAAGAAAGCUCAGGUAAAAUCUGGAGAGACUUCCCAAAAGACAGCCUUGCCUGGUUCCGUUUCUACUAUCUCACACACAUCUCCCAAGAAGGCUAACAUUGCUGGUGUUCUUACCAAGACUCUUGACUCAGAUAAGAAAAAGGCAAUUUCAAAGAAGCAAGAGAGCAAGGGAAGUAACAGUAAUCAGGAUGUGGGGAACAGCACUGUAACACUAACAGAGGUCGACACUGGAGAUCCAAUGGCUUUGUUAAUGAUGAUGGAAGGUCGGGGAGGUAACCUCACAGCCUCAAAGAUACCAUCUGUUCUCCCAUCAGCCGAGGAGCUGGACGAGCAAGCAUUCACCGGCUCCGAGGGCGAGUCUGAGGGAAUGUCUGACUGGGAAGACGUUUAUGACCACCAGGACCGGUCACAGAUCCCAGAUGGACCCGUAGAAAUAACACUUGAGUUGCCAGACAUCUUGAAACGCAAAAAGAGGCAGAAGCCAGAUUUUGACUGGAAGGCUCAUCUUGAAAGACGUGUGAAACGUUUUAAAAGGCAGGUGGCAGAAGACAUGCAUAAGGCACAUCUUCUGUGUCUGCUGGCGCUGGGACUGCGCCAAAAUGAUGUCCUCAAUGACCAGACAGUCAAGGGAGUCUUACUGUCACUGCUGCCAUCAGCGUACCUGACCAACAAGAAGCUCCAGGUACAGACACAGGUAGAGAACCUACUUCUGUGGCACAAGCGCAGCUUUCCUCAAGAGAACAUCACCUUCUGCUCUAACACAAAAUUGGUAACCACCUCCGCGCUUGUUGAGGCUGUCUCUCAGAAGGAUAUCACAGAUGCUAGAGUUUGGAUUUUGUUAUUCAUCUGUCUGCUGAGGACUGUUGGUCUCACAGUUCGGCUGGUCCUGUCAUUUCAACCUAUGAGAUUCAAGGCACAUCAGUCUGCUAGACCAACUUCUUCAACAAAGCCUGAGAGACCAACAUCUUCAACAAAGUCUGAUUCUCGGGCCGUGUCUGCAAAAGCAAAAUCAGAGGGAUCGGCAUCUUCAACAAAGUCAAAUAAAUCCCAACCCACACCGGGAAAAGUUCCGAACCGUCGGCUGUCUCAGAGAGAGUCUAGCAAAAAGGCGACAUUGAAGAAUAAGAAUGUAUUAACCGGUGACAGUGAUGCUGAUGAUGAGAAUUACGUCAGUGAAGAUGAGAGAGCAGAUGCUGUUAAUUCUGACAGUGAUUUUUCAGAGCGAAGCGUAAAAAAAAUGAAAGACAUGAAAAAGGGGUCAGCAGCAGUGCGGGAUGAUGGUGGUGAUUCAAGUUCAGAAUCCGACAUUACAGAAAGCAGUUUGUCCAGCCCAGUGAAUAUUUUGAAAGACCUGAAAAUUUCAUCCAACAGAAAGAUACUGUCUCCCUCAACCAGUGAUGACGAGGCUGCAGGGGGGAAGCGGCAUGGUCCUGUGGGGCAUGACAUCUGGUUGGAGGUAUACUUUCCGGAAUCCAAGAAGUGGCUCUGUUUCAACUGUUUUAAAUCUCAGUUUGGUAAACCCCACACCCUGGGAAACUCCGCUACUCAGCCGCUGAUGUACAUCCUGGGCUUUAAAAAUGACAACUCUGUCAAAGAUGUGACAGCCAGGUACUCCAAACAGUGGUUGACACACACCAGGAAGAAUCGUAUAGAUCCGCAAUGGUGGACGCAGACACUGCUGAUGUUCGACACCACUUCUUACAAUGACAACCUCUUGGAAGAUGAUGAAAUUAAAAGUCAACUUCUCGUUCAGCCCAUGCCUACCAGCAUUGCUGAGUUUAAAAGCCAUCCCUUGUAUGCUCUCCGAAGACACCUGCUCAAGUUUGAAGCCAUCUACCCAGAAUCAUCUGUACCUCUUGGUUACAUUAAGAAGGAGCCGGUGUAUGCCAGAGAAUGCGUCCGUGUUCUACAUUCCAGAGAUAAUUGGUUAAAGGAAGGCAGACUUGUUAGGUUGAAUGAACCGCCAUACAAGAUGGUUAAAUCAAGGCCCAAAUGGAACAAGCCUAAAGAAGAUCCUGAUGCCCUCGACCUUCAGCUGUUUGGAGAGUGGCAGACGGAGAAGUACAUUCCCCCACCUGCUGUCAAUGGCAAAGUACCUAGGAAUGAGUACGGCAAUGUGGAGCUCUUCAAACCCUGGAUGUUACCUUUGGGCACAGUUCAGGUCCGAGGUCAGGGUCUGCAAAGAGUUGCCAAGAAACUCAACAUUGAUGUUGCUCCUGCGAUGGUUGGCUGGGACUCCCACUCUGGCUUCUCUCACCCAGUGUUUGAUGGCUUCAUCGUUUGUGAGGAGUUUGCAGAUACCUUGAUGGCUGCUUGGCUGGAGGAUCAGGAGAUUCAAAAGCAACGGGAGCAGGAGAGGAAGGACAAGCAAGUCUACGACAACUGGCGGCGUCUGAUUCGUGGCUUGUUGAUCAGAGAACGGCUGAAAACCAAGUUUCUUCAG